UUCCGACGGUUGUGAUUUUGCACUUUAUGCGAAGAAUUCGUUCCGACGGUUGGUCGGUGCGCGCUCGCCCUAUCGGAUCCAACGAGGUGGCGCAUUGCUUCAAAAAUGUUGCGCGAGGCGCGGCAGGUUUGGAUGAUGACUAUCGGCGCGUCGAAAUCGCAGGGCGCGGGGAUUGAACUCUUCCCGCGCUCGGUGUCGGCUCUCCGCGCUGCGUCAGCAAUCCACGGCGGGAGGUGGGUGGGUAUCGGCGCUGUUGCGCCCUGUGACUCAGCGCAGCCUCGUCAUCCCGCCGGUUGUCCGCAGGACGUUGACCGGGCGGCUGCGUUGACUGCGACCUGUGCGGCCCACGCGGGCGCCAGCAGUGAGUGCGGGUGUUUGAGGUCGUCGCACAUGGCGGUCGCACAUCCCUCUUUAGGAUCCACGCGGCUUGCCGCCCUUCUUCAACUCCCUUCCUCUCGAGCUCCUAGGCUUGAUGAGCCUGUCCUUUCCACGUCAGCCCGUUUUCCCUCUCCCUCCUCCUCCUCCUCCUCCUCCUUCUUCUCCUCUUCCUAUUCCUCUCUCUCCUCCUCUCUCUCCUCCUCUCUCACCUCCUCUCCCUCCUCGGAGCGGCCUCUCUGCCGCACGUUGACAAAUGGCGCCGCCUCCUCUUCGCUAAUGGCCGCCGCCGCCCACAUGACGCUCCCUUCUUCUGCGAACGGGACGUCGCACCGGCCGCCCACUCCCGUCUGCGCGGCACCAUCAACGGCUCUCCAACCUGCCGCCCCCAGCGCCACUUGCCGGCGCCGGCGCCGUUCUUGCGGGAGCCCUCGGACCGGUUGGCGCCACGUCACUCGGGAGAUCGGUCUCAAUGUCUUCGCCGAUGCGGUAUCGGGAUCGCGAGGCAAGGUGUCGACGGCCGCCACCGCCAAAUCGGAAGGGCAAGGCUCCACCCUUACGCGCGAAGAACUGGUGCGAGAGGGCGAUCCCACAAACAAUGUGUCGGAUGCAAUUUUCACAAGACUUGGAAUGCAGUUGCACAAUCGACCAAAUCAUCCGCUAAGCAUUCUCAAAAAUGUCAUCUACAGUUAUUUUGAUGAGAGGUGCCCGAAAAUGUUCAACAAAUUUGACAAUCUCAGUCCUAUUGUUUCGACAAAAAUGAACUUUGAUGAAGUGCUUGUACCUGCGGAUCACGUCAGCCGAAGUUACAAUGACACGUACUACAUCGACCAGGAGACGGUCCUUCGGUGCCAUACGAGUGCACACCAGGCAGAAAUGCUGCGGGGCGGAAACACACACUUCUUAGUGACGGGCGAUGUCUAUCGCAGGGACUCUAUCGAUGCGACACAUUAUCCUGUUUUCCAUCAGAUGGAAGGUGUGAGGUUGUUCACCCGUGCGGAUUGGGAGGCUGCAGGGAUGGACGGAAUAGCCAUGGCAGAGAAAGAUCUGAAGGAGACACUGGAGGGACUAGCACAACGACUCUUCGGCUCUGUUGAAAUGAGAUGGGUGGACACAUACUUCCCGUUCACGGAUCCAUCUUUUGAGCUGGAAAUUUUCUUCCAGGGAGAAUGGUUGGAGGUGCUUGGUUGUGGUGUCAUGGAGCAGCAGAUCCUCGUAAACUGCGGCCGCCCAGAUGAUAAGGCCUGGGCUUUCGGCCUCGGGCUUGAGAGACUGGCGAUGGUUCUGUUUGACAUUCCGGACAUCCGCCUGUUUUGGACGGAUGAUGAGCGGUUCACAGGUCAGUAUCCCCCUUGCUUCAAGGACAUCAGUUUCUGGAUAAGCGAUUCUUUCACCGAGAACAAUCUUUGCGAGGUUGUGAGGGCGGCGGCGGGCGACUUGGCUGAGGAGGUGAAACUCAUUGAUGAAUUCACAAAUAAGCAGGGCAUGACCAGUCAUUGUUAUCGAAUAGCGUACCGCUCCAUGGAUCGAUCUUUGACGGAUGAGGAGAUAAACAGAAUCCAGGAAGCCGUUCGCAAAGAUGUGGAGGGAAAAUUGAAGGUUACGCUUCGCUGAGACCCCUGCCACAGUGUACCAAUUCUUCUAGAGAAGCAGACAGAGAACGAGCGGGGUAGAGAGAGAGAGAGAGAGAGAGAGAGAGAGAGAGAGAGAGAGAGAGUUUGGAAAGGAGAUUGACAAUGAGAGUUGUAUUGCGAAAUUCAUGAGGCGGUGUCCUGUUUUUUUUUUUUUUUUUUGAAGGAUAGGGAUGCCUGUACAUAAUUUCUUUAAUUUGUUUUUUAUUCCACUUCAAUUAUCUAACAUAUUGUCGACUGAGGUAAGAGUCUUGCAUUAGCUUGUUAACAUCGACGGCAGGUUUGGAAUGGAGUUGAAAAAAAAACGAAGCCGGAAAAAGGAAAAAAGAAAUAGGGACCUUGUCGAUGAUUUUGUCAAGGGUUCACCUAUUCGUUGUGGGCUUGUUUUUUUUUGUGUUUUUUUUUUCAUAAAUAUUAAAUUAUUAAAAUUGGAGAAAUGAGAGAGAAUGGGAGGAGGAGGAUGCUAACGAGGCGCGGGUUUUCAGCCGGCCUUAGUUUUCACAACUUUUCAGCAAAAAUGAUAAAUCAACCUGUAAAGC